AUGGCAAGUGCAAUUAAAAAAAUAAAAUUAAUUGAUCAUAAUCGUGAGCUAGAUGUAUUAACACAAGAAUCAAAUGAUAAAUUAAAUAUUGCAACAAUAAGUACCAAUGAUGAUUCAAUAUUCAGUGAUUGUUUUGAUGACUUUGAUAAUUCAUGUCUCAAUAAAAGUAUAUACAUUGAUGAUGAUGAUGAUAAUGAAAAUGAUUAUUUAUCAAUAACAAGUGAUUUUAAUGCACCAUCAUUAAUUGAAAGUGAUUUCAAUUAUAUCAAUGCUGAAUUAAAAAAAGAAACACCACAUAUCAAUGAUAAUUUCAACACGACAAAUUGGAAAAAUGAUACAAUAUUUGCAUCUUCUUCAUACAAUAAAAUUGAUGAAAAUAAUAUUAAAAAAUCAUUAUUAAAUAAAUCAUUUAAAAAUAAUUUAUCAAUUUUAAAUGAUGGUAAAUUAGAAACAAGUAAAUUGUCAUUAAGUUUAAGUAAUACUAAAAAUGAAAUAUUAAAUUCAGCAUCAUUAUCAUGUACUGGUCUUGAAUUUGAUGAUUGGUCACAAGAGCUAAAAAUAAAUGAUGAUAGUAAUUCAUUUUAUGGUCUUCCUGAUCGUGUUAAAAGUUUAAUAUUUAAAAUAAAAAAAAUAAAUUCAUUAUAUGAAUGGCAAAAUCAAUGUUUAAAUUUGCCAUCAAUUAAAAAUCGUAAAAAUUUAAUUUAUUCAUUACCAACAAGUGGAGGUAAAACACUUGUUGCUGAAAUACUCAUGUUAAAACAAAUAAUAUGUUAUAAAAAAAAUUCAAUAUUUAUAUUACCAUUUAUAUCAAUUGUCCAAGAAAAAAUACAAUCAAUGGCACCAUAUGGUGUUGAUUUUGAUUUUUUACUUGAAGAAUAUGCUGCAAAUAAAGGACAAUAUCCACCAAUUAAAAGAAGAAAAAAAAAUAGUAUUUACAUAUGUACUAUUGAGAAGGCACUUGGUUUAAUAAAUAGUUUAAUUGAAACAAAAAGACUUGAUGAAAUUGGUAUGGUUGUUGUUGAUGAGCUACAUUUACUUGGUGAAAAUGGAGGAAGAGGUGCUUGUCUUGAGGUGUUAUUAACAAAGCUACUAUAUGCUAAUGAUAAUAUUCACAUUAUUGGAAUGAGUGCAACAAUUGGUAAUCUAGCUGAAAUUGCUGAAUUUUUAAAAGCUGAUAUGUAUGUUGAAAAUUUUCGUCCAGUUGAACUCAAAGAAUAUGUUAAAUGUGAAGAUAAAAUGUGUCUCGUUGAUGUCAAAGAAGAAAAUAUAUUUCAAGAUUGUAAAACUGUUAAAUAUCCAUAUUCAAAAAAAUAUGCAAUACUAGAUCCAGAUAAAAUUGGAGGAUUAGUUAUGGAUGUCGUGCCAAAUGAUUCUUGUUUAAUAUUUUGUUCAACUAAAAAAAAUUGUGAAAGUCUUGCUGGUUUAUUAACACAUGUUCUAUUCAAUCAUUUAAAAAAACAUAAAGAAGCUGAAAAACAACUACUACUUGAUGCAUUAAAAACAGAGAGUAAAUUAUGUCCAAUAUUGGCUGAAACAAUUAAAUAUGGUGUUGCUUAUCAUCAUUCUGGUUUGACAACUGAAGAAAGAAAAUUAAUUGAAGAUGGAUUUCGUGAAGGUGUACUUUGUGUUAUUUGUGCAACAUCAACACUUGCUGCUGGUGUUAAUUUACCAGCAAGAAGGGUAAUUCUUAGAAAGCCAUAUAUUGGAAAUCAAUUUUUAAAUUUAAGUAGAUAUAAACAAAUGAUUGGCAGAGCUGGUAGAGCAGGAAUGGGACAAAUUGGUGAAAGUAUAUUAAUUUGUCAAAAAGUUGAUAUGAAAAAAGUUGAAGAAAUGUUAACAUCAAAAAUGGAUGAUUGUUUGAGUACACUUCAUCAAGAAACAGAUCGUGGUAUAAAUUAUUUAAUUCUCAGUGGAAUACUUUUAUCACUUGUUAAAACACGAGAAGAAAUACAUCGUCUUGUUUCAUUUUCAUUAUUGGGCUUGCAAGCUAAAAGACGUGAUAUUAAUAUUAAAGAAAUUGUUGAUCAAUCAAUUAUAAAUUUAGUCAAGUCAAAUGCAUUGUUAAUCGACAAAAAAAUAUAUAAUUCAAAUUUUAAAAUUGAAAUAUCAUCACAAAAAUUAUUAACAAAUAAUCAUGAUGAUGAUAUUACGUCAUUAAUUGAUAUGACAAUGAUGAGUCAUUUAGAGCUAUCAAAUUUAGGAAAAGCAGCAAUGAAAGCUAAUAUUGAUUUAAAAACAGCUUAUAUUCUUGCUGAAGAUUUAAAAACAGCUCAAAAGCAAUUGAUACUGUUGAAUGAUUUGCAUUUACUUUACUUGAUAACACCGUAUGAUUUUUCUGAUAAAUUUAAAGUUGAUGGAUUGGUACUUUAUGAUGUGAUAAUGAGUCUACCAGAAAGCCUGAUGGUUGUAUCAAGAUUACUUGGGAUUAACGAAAUGACUGUUAUAAAAUUACGUGAAGGUGUUGUACCAAAGAGUGUUUCAGUCAGAGUUAUUUCUCGUUUUUAUUUGACAUUGAUACUGUAUGAAUUGAAUAAUCAACAGUCAAUUCAUAUUGUUGCCGAAAAAUAUAAAGUUGAUAGAGGCUGGAUACAAAACAUCAUGAUUUCAUCAGCAUCAUUUGCAAAUUGUAUUAUUAAAUUUUGCCAAGAGAUACCAGAAUUUUGGGCAUUCCCAGAUUUAAUUAAAGUAUUUACUAAAAAAUUGAGCUAUGGAUGUUCUGGCGAGUUAGAAAUUCUAAUGGAAUUACCAACUGUUAAAGCAGGAAGAGCUAGACAACUUUACAAUGCUGGCUAUAAAACACUACAAUCAAUUGCAACAGCAGAUGCCAAAGAAAUUGCUGAAAAAAUUCGUUACAUGCCAAAAAGUUCAAUAAGUCGUAUUAUUUCAUCAGCUCAUCUAUUGUUGAAAGAAAAAAUUGAAAAUUUAAAAGAUGAAUAUGCAGAAAUGAUGGAUGAUUUGGAUCCAAAUUUACCUGAUUUUUAAUCAUUUAUUUUUCAAUCAAUUAA